CGCAUGUCCUCCACGCAGAAUGGCAGACGAAGUUAAAAAAUUAGAAAUAUGGUCGGGAGACUGGGGUCUACCAUCGAUUGAUUAUAAAUGUUUAGCUGUCAAGGCAUACUGUAAGUUUUCAGGAAUACCAGUGAAGGUGAUACCUAGAAGUAAUCCAUUGAGAUCACCUUCUGGUAUGUUGCCUAUUUUGAAGGAUGGAGACACCGUAAAAUGUGAUGUAAUAAGCAUUUUUGAUUAUUUAAAAGAACAGAACUGUGGAAAUGAUGUAUCGGUGUCAAGGAGGAUUCAAGCAGACAACAAAGCUUUCAUUCAUUUUCUGGAAGAAAAAUUCAAACCUGCAUUUUUACACAGUUGGUGGGUAGAUGCCCAGGCUUACACAGAGACCACACGGCCACUUUAUGCCAGAAUGUGUGGUUUUCCACUCAGCCUCUAUGUGCCACAGAAAAUGAUGUCCUCUGCCUCAGACUCAGUGUACACACCAUUCAUGAAACCAGAUCUUACUGAACAGGAGAUUGACAAACUGAUCUAUAAGGAAGCUAAAGAAUGUUUAAAUCAUCUAUCCUACAAACUGGGAGAACAAGACUUCUUCUUUGGAGACAGUCCCACUUCAUUAGAUGCCAUGGUAUUUGGGUACAUUGCACCCCUUGUGAAGGGACCACUGACUAACAACCAACUGGUCAUACAUAUCAAGAACUGUCCAAACCUGUGUAACCAUACAGACAGAAUAUUAUCUAGGUUCUUUCCACUGUCUCAAGACGAGAUGGACAAGAUAAAGAAGAAAGAGCAAGAAAAAAGUGAGGCACUAAAGAAAGAUGCACUGGACUUUCCGAACAAAACUCGCAAUAUGGUUUUAGCUGGCGUGUUUGCCUUGACAGCAAUGAUGGCCUUUGCGUAUUCUUCAGGAGUUGUAAGGAUACAGGACAAUACAAAUGGACAUGAUUUCGAAGGGGAAGAUGAGGGAGAUGAAGGCGAUUCUUGAUCUGUGUCUCUUAAUUAAUAAAAUAAUUAUCUCAAUAAUUUGUGAAGUAUACGUCCAAAAGACACAAAAAAAAAAGAUAUUUAACAUUUUCUUUUUACUUCUGUGUGUUUCUGUGUUGUUGUAAGACUUCAAGUUAUAUACUUUGUGAUAAAAUUGUUUGAUAUUGCAUGUAUAACAAGUAAAUCAGCAUGUGGUGUGUUGUACUGAUAGUGUUAAACUGUUUCAUACUGAUAUUUCAAGUACAUGUAUCAAGAAAAGUGCUUUAAUAGAAAUUAAGGAACACUUUAAAAAGGCAUAACAAAUAAAAAGAAAGGGUCAUUUACAGUCCUUCAUUUGU